AUGGAAGCCGGUGAAAGCUCCCUGGCAUGGACUGAAAGGUCAACCCAGUAUCAACAUGGAGCUGAUGGGAUGCCGACUGACCUUGAAGACCUUCGGCAGACCAUCCGAAUAAUCGCUGAGGAAGUUCACGAACAAAGUCAGGACUUGACUCAUCUCCUACAGAAAACCCUUCUCAGCGGUCGGAAUAAAUCCCUGGCCUCGCAGAACAAAAGUAUGCGCGCUGAAGACACAACCAUGAAAGAGUUCGAGGAAGCCCAUCAAGCUGUACCCGCACUCACCGACCCCGACCCUGAGGCCUCGAAAAAGUCAGUCCGCAUGAGUCUGCCUGAGGCGUUGGAGGCUAUCCAGAAUACUGUGGAGAGCUUUGCUCGGGGCGGACAGGAAGAUCACGCUGAGCUGACCUUCACACUCGGCCAGUUCCCGGCGGAUCGUCAGACGGAGCCGAAAGCUCAACAGCUCAACAGCGAAAUCAAAUCGGCUCUUGGGGCAAUUUCUUCUAUGCCUAUGUCCAGGGCUGCUGACUUAGAUGGUACAUCGGGCUUUGGAUCUCAGAAAGCGGCUGUCACCAAUCUGCCCUCGUCUAACGCAGUAAGUGAACUACACAAAGUCUGCAGCAAUCUGCCCGAGGCUUUGGAGACGAUGCGUGAAAGCAUUGAACUUCUCGCCCAGGCAGUCCACAGGGACAACGCGGAGUUGACUCGGCUCAUCCGAAUGUCAAUGAAUUCCCCCGGCCAAGGUCGUGCUGAUACUGGUCUGACCGUGGGAUCCAAUUUGACUUCGCCGCCUCCAGCUACAGGCGACUUGCAUGAGAUCCAACUCGGCCUCCGGGAAUUGGACGAGGAAAUCCACCGGCAAAACAGACAGAUGAAGUCCAUUCUCAUGCAGGCGCUAGAAGUGCAACCGGAGAUGAUAGCUGCAGCGGAGGAGAGGGAUGAGGUCCUACUGCCACGCGGUGGGUUCUUGAAUGAAGGAGCAACGCUGCGAAAGGAAAACCGACCGUUCGCCAGUUCUUCCCAGUCGAAACGAAAGAAGGGUAGUCGAGCUGACGAAUCCUCCCUCCUGGAGUUCAAAACUAGCGGCAAGGCCAGAGACGACUUUUUACUGGAUGACAUUGGCGGCGGCGGCGGCGCUGGAGCAGGUCCCCACUUCCAAAUGGACAAUACGGAGAGAACAUCGAUUGCCAGUCUGCCACCGCUCACUGUUCCAGAGGUAAUGGAGCCUCUGAAGAACCUACGGGCCAGCGUGCGUCAACUGGAGGCUGACCUCAAGGCAGAUAGACGGGGCGCCAAUCUCUCCAGAACCAUAGACGCCAUCAAGGCCAGCGCUGAAUCAAUCCGCAGCGAAAUGGAGACGAUGCAGCCACCGCCGGUGCCAUCAAAGAAAAUCGCAACAACAGAUCAACAAAACCUGCCAGCCUCCGAUCCCCUAGUGCAAGCAGUCCUUGAAAUGAUCAAGCAGGUAGUCAAGGCGAGAAGAGCGGCAGCAAAGGAGGCGGACGGCGCAGAGGCCAUGAAAGUGCUUGCCGAAAUUCGCAAAUGCAUGCAGUCUAGCCAAAGUGGGUUCCCUGCCAGCACCAACAACGGGGUCCUCAGCAAUUUGGGCGGCUACGAGGGCAUCCGGCUGGUAGUGCAGAUGGUGAAGGAUGCGCGGGCUCAGGGCUUGUAA